CAAGAGCGCAGGCGCAGCUCACCCACAACUUCAGUUCGGUCAACUUCGGCUAGUGGUGAUCGAAACUUCGAUGUGUGUGGAAGUGAAUUUAACUAACAUAAUCUCACAAAAAUAACAAUAAUCAGUAACUAAAGUACAAUAUCUAAUUUGAUCGUGUUGGAAUAAACAUUUUACGUGUAAUCAGUUGUAUAAAUAGUAUUCAUGAUGUGUGAUAAUAACAAUCCUUCAACGCAAAGUAUAGCGGACUACUUAGCUCAGUUGCUCAAAGACAGGAAGCAACUGGCUGCGUUCCCGAAUGUUUUCAUGCACAUGGAGCGACUUCUGGAUGAAGAAAUAGCAAAAGUUCGAGCAAGUUUAUUCCAAAUAAAUGGAGUCAAGAAAGAACCACUCGUACUACCAGAGCCUGAAGGCAUGGUCACCACACUCACAGAAAAAGUUUACGUGCCAGUCAAAGAACAUCCAGAUUUCAACUUCGUUGGAAGGAUUCUAGGACCCAGAGGCAUGACAGCUAAACAGUUAGAACAAGAAACAGGCUGCAAAAUCAUGGUCAGAGGAAAAGGAUCAAUGAGGGAUAAGAAAAAGGAGGAUGCAAACAGAGGAAAGCCAAAUUGGGAACAUUUGGCCGACGAUCUCCACGUCUUACUCACAGUUGAGGAUACCGAAAACCGGGCGAAGAUCAAGUUGGCCAGGGCUGUCGACGAAGUCAAACGUCUGCUUGUACCUCAAGCCGAUGGCGAAGAUGAGCUGAAGAAACGUCAGCUGAUGGAGUUGGCAAUUAUAAACGGGACUUACCGCGACUCCAGCACCAAGGCAGUAGUACCCGUCAACGGUCAGUGCCUCAUAAACGAUCCCACAGCGGACGAGGAGUGGCGGCGCGUGGCUGCGGCCGCGGCCGAGACGCAGCGGCUGCUAGCCCCGGGCGGCGGGGUGGGGGGAGUGGGCGGCGUGGCGCUGCGCUCGCAGGCUCCUCUGGGGGCCCCGCUGAUCCUGUCGCCGCGCAUGUCGCAAGGCGCCCAGGCCGGCCUACUCAACGGCUCGGGGGCCCAGGCCGCGGCCGGCCUGCUGUCGCCCGGCGAGCCCGCCCACCAGCUCAUCUACGCGUCGCCCUACGACUACGCUAACUACGCAGCUCUGACGGCCGCCGCCAACCCGCUGCUCACCACCGAGUACGCCGCCGCCGACCAUACGGGUGUGGUGAGGAGGGCGCAACGGCUCGCGCAGGUCAGGGAGCACCCUUACCAGCGCACUGCCUUACCGGCGCCUUAAUUCCCGCCAAAACGCUCUCACGCCGCCAUUUUGUUCACAAGGUGAGUGCUAACGGCGCCGAGGAACUAACAGGAGUCGCGGCCGGCCGCUCCACGCCGGCCCCCUAUGUCGCCGCGUAACAUACUCAUCGGAACAUCGACCACCAUGUAGCUAUUAGCUGUUGGGCCUUUCACGUUUAACAUUAUACUAUGUAUUAUAAUAGUCUAACUAUUAACAUUUAUAUGCCUGUUAUGUUUAUAACAUGAUGAACUUUAUUAACAUUUUUAUAUACUUUUUUUAUGAAAUGGCACACGCCAUCGACUAUAUUUACUAUAUUGUAUCUUAUUGUACUUCUGUUGUCGCUUGAACGUGUUGUUGUUGAAGCACGAGUGUUGUUAGGCUACCCGGACAAAUCACGGCGUUAAACGUGGCACCUUUAUACCUAAUCUAUAGAUAUUUAUUUUAAACUUUUUUGGUUUAACGUUAUUUGCUUAGAAUUUACAUGAAGACGCACUUUUAGCGCCGUCACGAUAAAAAGAUGGUUUGAAUAAAAUAUUGACUUCUAACUAAAGCUUAAUUCAUGGAGUAGCUAGAUUUUAAUUUGAUACUGAAAUACGUUUGCUAACACAAAUUGCUUUUUGAUCUCUUCCCAAAAACAAAAUAAGGAAAUCCUUCAUUAGUUGCUUUAAACUGUUCUAUGAAUUGAGCUUUGUAACGCAGUCAUGAUUUUUCAACUAAGUUACUAUCUGACCUGUUAGACGAAAAGUCUAUCAAUCAGAAAAGAUUGUACUGUAAAAAGUACAGUUCACGAAAUUGAUACGUAUCAACGUUGAUCGUUCUACGCUACAUGGAUAGUCUGUGGCGCACAAGAACAGGAUGGCGUCAUGCAAGAGGUCAAGUAAGUACCUACGAUGCUAAAAUAUAUUAAAUUGCUUUUCAUUAAAUAAUUGGACUGACAUUGGAUUAUAGUCUAAUAUAGGUUGUUUUUUCAUAUACUCAUCGACCCGACAAACCUUCGGCAAUCAUUCUACAUUACUUUAAAACCAAAGACUAAAUAUUUUAUAGUAAUAUUUGACUAUAUUUUUCUGAUCAAACUUGAAAUCAUCGAUGUCUUCCUUUGUUAAAUGCGAUUUAUAUUGGUCAAUGAGUGUAUGGAUUCUCAUUCGAAAUAAAUUAUAUUUAUAGCAUUGUAUUUUACUCUUAGUGCUUAAUAUUUAUAGAUAACUUUGGAUAUUUGUACAUCCCAUGUGCCUUAAUUAAAUGUACAAUGUUCUUACCUUUUUGGUUCUAUAGAAAUUGUUAUAAUGCUAAUUGAUAGCUAAGUUAGAAGAGAUUAAAUUAUUGUUAACUUUUCUAAAUGUUAAUUUUUAUACAUUUAUCGUCGUCAGUUUGAAAUAUUAAUUAUAUAAGUAUAUAAAUAAUAAUACCCAAAUGUUUUAGUGUCUAGUAGACGUACGUUAGUUGUGACAACAUUAUUAACUUUAUAAGUGCCUUCGUUACAAUCUCUUCGGGAAUCUCUAGAUUUCGUUCUUAUCUUAUACAAAUAUCAGAGAUCUGCGCUAAGUUUAUUCAGUGAAAAAUAUUUACCCAAUAAUAAUCUCAAAGAUUACACAAACGUUCAAGUUUAAUGUAACAAGGGCAAUUAUUCGUCAUUACAUGUAUAUUGUUAUGUAUAGAGCUUACAUAAUGUAAUUAAAAGCAAUAUUAUAACGUAAUGAAUCACGAUUAGUGCAAUAGAGAUGUUAUAAUACUAAAUAAUAUUUUAUUAGUAAAGUAAACUCGACUAAAAUAAGUUGGGAGAAUAUUUUUACAAGAUUAUAUAGAGAUCUGAUAUUGAGAUUAAUGCGGUAGGUAAAAAGUAUAUUAUCACGAUUGUUAUCUGUGAAGAUACAUAUUUUCUUUAAAUUAAAAUUGUUUUUAAGUAAUUAGAGUAGAAGAGCUAAUUAGUAGGUAAUUUUUUAUCGUUUUGCAUUAAUUAGGUGCUUUUGUCAAAAUUUUGGAAUCGAUUGAAAAGAAAAAGUCGUUUAAAAUUAUUUACAGUAAUUCUUUUUUACACUUCUAUGUUAGAAAAGUUGUGUUGAAUAUCUACAUUUUUGUUAAAUAUCCUCUAAAAAAUAAAUCAGUUUAAAACCUUAUCAUCGAAGUUGUUAACACUCCGUCCAUGAUUAUUUCAUAAAUAAGUACUUAAUUUUGUUGGUCUCCCACUCAUGCAUAGUUAAGUACGUAUCAUUUGAGACAUCUCAUUUGUGUCACGUGUUAACACUUAAAAAUAUCAUAAUAAAUGUUAGUACCCCUGAAAUAUUUAAAAAGCAUAGAAAACUUCAUAACCAUGUCAACAUAUUGGCUUGGUUUCAUCUUACAUAACGUCAUCCCAUGUAAUUGUACUUCUUAUUUCGUUUUUAUUUAGUUACAAUAAGGUCUAAAUUUGCUUGUUCAUAGAUAUAAUGCUGGACAAUAUCUUACAAUGUUCAAAAUACUUCAUUGGUAUCCUCUGAGUUCACAGAUAUAAAACAUAGGACAUCAGAAGAUUUAUUUGCAAGCAGUUCUUCAAAAUCAGACGAAGACUGCGUUUCACACACCCUUCAUACAUGCAUCUACAUAGUUCGUACAAAUCAUACUAAUACAAAUAAGCAUUUAAAGAUUUAAUCAUAAAAUGCGAAUGCCAUAACAACUCGAGGAAUCCGUUUCAUAUAAUAAUGUGAAAAUAUGUGAUGAAAUACAUGUGUUUAACGUACAAAUAAUUUUAUAGUCUGCAAAUAACUAGUAAUAUACUGUGUUUCAUAAGCAAUAACUUUAGUAAUUUUGUUUCUUGAAACAUGCUUAGUGCCAUCAGCAGACGGGCUUAUUACAUGUCAUUGUUUUUUAAUAUUAAUUUGUACUUAUCGUUAAGGCGAAUAUUAAUAGAGUGCCUUAAAAGAACUUGUACAUAUUUAUUAUUAUCUUUCAUUAAAGUAUUAAUAUAGCGGAGAAUAACAAAAUCUAAAAUUGUUUUCCAAAAACAAUAUAUUAUAGAGAAUAAAUAAAUUUAGUUAAGUGAGAUUGUGCAUAUUAUGUAUGUUUUGAUGUGUGUUUAAGAUUGAUUUGGUAUUAGUAAAUAUUUAAAAAAACGUAA